UCCCAUCAACCUCAUAAACCUCCUCCUCUACUCUUCCCUUUCAUCCCAAUACAUUCUGAGUUCUCCUCUCUUUUCUUUUCCUUCAGAAUUCUUAUUUCUUAAGUAUAUUCUGCUAAUUUGGAACUGGGCAUUUGAUGAUUCAAAAACCCAUUUGUUAAAUCAUCGCCUGUUUCCCUAUAAAAAAAGAUUUCAAUAUGCUCUAAAAAUCUGACCCUGCAUAUUUUGUUCUUGAUGUUAUGUCUCAUGUACUCAGUGGAAUCAUUCGUUUAAGGUUUAUGAUAAAUUUCUCUCUCACACGCAGGACUCUUCUUGUUCAAUCUUUCUCUGUUAUCUUCCUCUACUGGUUCUAUGUGUUUUCAUAAGUAACCUUUUUUUUAAACACUUGUAAUAUUUAGCAUAAGAGGUCCUGCAAUUUUUAAGUUUUUGUUCUUCAGAAAUUUAAGUUAUUUAUCGUACUGUCUCGACUCUCGAGUUUAAUCAUAGUGUGGACUUAUCUUGACCACAUAUCGACCUAAUAUUUCAGGGGUCGGUUUAGUGUGUAUGAGAAGUGGUAUACCAUUUAAACUUGAAAACGUAUUUGUAGUAACAAAGUGGACGUAACUCUCACAUACUGUUAUAAUACAUUUUUUUUGCUUGUUUUCUGAUUUUAUUGUUGUUUGUAAUCUCCACGAUUUCGUGUAAACAAAAAAUGGCUUCUCCUAGUGGAAAUUCCUCUGGAUCGAUACAGAUUCAGAACUCUGGUUCUGAAGAAAACUUGCAGGAUUUGAUUGAUCAAAGGAAGAGGAAAAGAAUGGAAUCAAAUCGGGAAUCAGCAAGGCGAUCAAGGAUGAAAAAACAGAAGUAUUUGGAUGACCUGACGGCCCAAAUUGUUCUACUGAGGUACAAAAACAGCCACAUUUUAACAAGCUUAAACCUCACCACACAGGAUAAUAUAAAAAUGGAGGCUGAAAAUUUAGUCAUCAAGGCUCAGAUUAUGGAACUCAGCCAAAGACUGCAGUCCCUAAAUGACAUUCUUAGUUUCUUCAAAUCCAACAAUCCCAUGUUUGAGGAUUCCCAGGGCUGUCCUGAAAGUUACUUUUGCCAACAACCCAUCGUGGCCUCUGCUGAUAUGCUUUAUUUUGAUUAUAUUUUUGGGUAGACGGUGAAGUAUUGCACGGUAUUAAUAUUAUUCUACUUUUCGAAUAUGUAAAGAUGUUAAUAUCUUUUCAUGUGGUUUGUAUAAUGGUAGAUGGAUUGUAUUGUUUAGUUCGAUCGAGUAUUGUGUAUAAAAAUAUUUGUCAAGUGUCCUUUCUA